CGAGCCAUUUUCCCAACUCUACAUGCCGAAAACAAGGCUCCACAAAUUGCUUGGAGUUUUCCGUAGACAUGGUGCUCUGGCGGAAACAGAUCUCGAAAUGGAAAGGGAGGUGUAGACGUAGGUGUAGGUGUUGGAGUCGCAAAGGCAGGAAGCGGGAUAAGGAGGAAGUGCGUAAGACGGAGAAUGAAUUGUGGCAGGAGAUCUACGGCCCAUAUCUGCACAUCUGGCCAUUUGAAGAGCUCUGCUCCAGAUUGGAGACGAAUGUCCGUCAGGGCCUAACGGCAAAGGCGGCGGCCGAAAAGCUAGCCCGAAACGGCAAGAAUGUCCUGCCGCUUCCCCUCAAACAGGAUGUGCACUUUUGGAAAUACCUAAAGGACUGCUUCAGCACCUUGGGCAUCUUCAUUCUGCUGUGCUCCUUUGCCUGUUUUGCCAUAUACUUCACAUUCGAAACUGACUCAAAAGUCAAAGGAAAAAUCGAUCCAGAGUUUUUAGUAGCCGGAAUCGUCCUGCUCUUCUGUUUCUUUCUCUCAGGACUUGUGCUCUAUCUGCAAGAUGACAAUAACGAGGAUAUGGUCAUGGCAUUCGAUGAGCUAAUGCCCAUGUACUGCACUGUGUUAAGGGGCGGGAAAAAGGUGGUCAUCCUCACUGAGGACGUUGUCAUUGGCGAUAUUGUGCCCAUCAGAUACGGCCAACGGAUUCCUGCCGAUCUGCGAUUCUUCAGCUCCUCGGGUCUGGAGGUUGACAACGUGGCUCUGACAGGAUACUCGAAGCCCGUGAACAUCAUUCCGUUGUCGAACGAGGGACGGCAUCGAUUCUCCAGAGUGGAAUACAUAGGGGACUUUUAAACUAACAUUAACAUUUUAAUUCUGUUUAGGGGCUUAACUUAUUAAACUG